AGGAUGACUGUAUUUAAAAGCUGGCAACCUUGAAAUGACAAAUGGUGGUAUGUGACAAAUAAUUGAUAGAUCCCAUCCGUCCACACUCUUGUCGCAAUGAGAUGUGAUUUCCAAGGGAUCAAGCUCCGAGUGAUAGCCUCACUCAUCACCCUUUACACAAUCGGGUUUAUCUGUCAUGUUGCUUGGAACGGUUAUAAAAGCAGUGUUUUACAGCAUACAGACAUAUUUGAAGACCUCUCCCCUUUGAUUCAGAACAUUCUGCUUCUCCUCCUAUUUGUGCUGCAGCAUUCUUUACUGAAACACUUGAAGUACGAGCUCAACCUCUCCCCUGCCAGACACAGAUUACUUUACUUGAUAUCAACCACUACAACUCUUCAUGUGAUAAACUACUUGUGGUCUCGCUGUAGUGUCCUUUACUCCCUCUCACUUACAACUUCUACCGUACAAGCUCUCCACAUUCUGGCCUGGACUUGGCUUGUUUCAUCUGUUCUUUUAGCUGAUUUCAUGGAACUCUUCGGCUUCAAACAUAUUUCCAACGAAGAGCGCGGACUGGAGGAGCCCAUCUACUACAAGUCUAAAGGAGCUAGGAGAGUUCUGGAACAUUACAGACACCCUGUAGCUGUGGGACCUCUCGUGCUUCUGCUUUCUUGCAAAGUAAUGACGACAGACAGACUACUGUUAGCAGUAGUGUUCGUCCUGUACACAUUCUCCCGGACAUAUCUCGAUUACCAAGAUUAUCUUUACUUGAGAUACGUUUCUUACCCUGCAAGACGGUACACAUUUCAGAAGGUCGAGAUACGGAGCAGAUCUACCACCAUCAGAGAAACACAAUCCUCCUUCUGUUUUAGUGACGAGGAGGAUUGUGACGUCACACAUCAUGACGUCACACAUCAUGACGUCAUACAGACCCCUGGACAUCUAAUUAGAAGACCCAGCUUCGGAUCUGACACAGAUGCUGGCUACGGUUCUUCGCCCACAUACCACAAACCUGACUACUUUAGAAUACUUUCUCAGACCAAGUCAGGAAAGAAAGUGGUUGAAACAGAUGUGGCAUCAGCAUCUGUUGAGAAAGAAAUCACACCCUCGACAAGUUCAACUAUUUCAACAAGUUCAACAUCAGCAUGCUGUGGAGCUGAGCAGUGCGUUUGUUCUCCGUCCGGAAAGCGCAAAAGUACCAGAAUCGGAAGUUCAGCCAAGAAUUAGCAUGUAUUGAGUAACAUUGACAUGAGUAUUAAUCAGUGUAAAAUAUUAUGAUUAUCAAUUAUUAUAUUAUGUAGUAUUUAAUUAGAAGUUAUUAUAUUAUUUAUUGCGGAAGUAUCGUGGCUGGUACUGAACAAAAAAAGAAAACAUUCCUUUAAAAAGUGACAGCAAGAAAUAUACUAUUAUACGGAAAACUGUACUACAUAUAAUAUUACAAAACUUUACGCUGAAGUAUGUGAUACUGUGAUAACUUUACUUUUAUUUAAAACUUUUGUGACUUGUAAGUCAUCUAAAUAUUAUGCACUAUUCGGAAAUAAAUGUACAAACAGAGACAUUUAUCGACUCAUUAUAAAAAAGAAAACAACGUAUCCUUAAAAUUAUCAAAUGUAUGGGUUUUGGAUUUUGAAAAUUAUGUACGAUAAAAUCACGAGAACUGACAAGUAUUUUAAGUCUAGUCCUCCACUGCAUAUCUUCAACAUUAUAUAUGCUAUCUGCUCUAAAUAUUCAAAUAAUAAUCUGUACAUAAUAUAAACUUUGUACAUGUCACAUCAUAACCUCUUUAAACGUUUAAAACCUAAUGGUACGUCUCUCCAGGAAUAUUCCCAAUUUUAUGCUCUAAUGAUUAGGAAAUGACUUAUUAGGGGUGAUUAUAGUAAUUAGUUAAUGACAUAAUUACUUGCCCCACUACACCACCUUGUCUUCAGAAUUGUCAGAUAAUGUUUGCGGUGAUGUUUUGUUUUGGAAUUGUUACCGGGCCCUUCUUUACAACUUUACAACUUAAAUAAUAACGAUGAUAUAUUAAUGGCAACACAGCCAUCUCGACUUUAUUAUAUACUCUAUGCUUUUCCAAGUUUGAAGUUUAUUUAAAAUAACGUUAAUUAGAUGUAUUAGAAAAUGUGUUUUGAUGUAUGAGACUAAUUAAAAAGCUUACACCUCCGACCAAAUUGACUUAUAUCGUAGGUUUUAACUGACCGCGUAUAUAACAUGUCAAGCAGUGAUAGUUGUCAACACUGCUAUUUUAAAGUGACAUUAUUGUAGCAACAUCUUAGUAGACUUUUAUAUAAUUCUUUGUGCGUCUUCUUUAUCUUGCGUUUGUGUGUGCUUGUAAAUUGUUUUUGUGUUUGUAAUUUCCUAGUUAUUCUUUUACUUAUAGUUCUGUUCUUAUGUCACAUUUUCGAGAGUUUUUCAUGUGUUUAGGAGAUAUUUAUUGUUAGCUUUAAAGUUAUUUUCUUGCUUCGUUUAUAAUUUCCGCAUGUAAAUUGUAAGCCUUUUUUUUCGAAAACUGCUUUCUUUAUUUUUCUAAGUGAUGAUAUAUAUUAGAUCUCAAACCAACUUUAAUUUUAUACUAAAAUAAGAUAUAUGUAACCUGUCAUUUACAGUAUUACUCGCUUUAGAAUGAUUAUUGUACGUAAAUAUUAUGAUCAUGUACGUUAUUAAUCUGAUAUAGGUACACUAUACAUUUAUGUCGUUUGCUAUUUAAAUGUAUAAUUCUAGCUAAGGCUAUUUAUAUAAGUAUUUAUUCGUUAUCAAUU